CGACUAGUUACCGCCAUUACCUUAUAAAACCCACACAUCAUUCAAUCCCCUCACCAUCCUUUUCUUCUCCCUAACGCUUUGUUAAACAUGGACACGCCUCCCUCGUUUUUGAUGCUGCUCCUCCUCCUCUCUUUUCUCGCCGUCGUCUGCUCCGCCGUCGUCCCCACUCCGAUCACUUUGGACCCAGACGUUCCUCCAUCGUCCCUUCCGAUCGACUACAUCCAGGAAGUCGGAAGCUGCUCUUACGAGGUCACCGUUGAAACAAGCUGUGCAUCUCCUUCAUCCAUCACUAGCGAAAUCGGUGUUCUGUUUGGAGACACUUAUGGAAAUCAGAUAAUCGAGAAGAAGUUGGGUACUGGAGACAAGGUGUUUGGUAGUUGUAAGACAGAUAGCUUUGUUCUGAAGGAUCGACCCUGCAUUAUCCAAAUCAGUUAUAUGUAUAUCUAUAAGGAUGGGGCUGACGAUUGGCUUCCCAACUCUGUUGAAAUCUCAGGCUCUGGAAUCAAUCCCCUUCUGUUUAUCUUCAAAUCCUCCAUCCCAACAAACACUUGGUUUGGCUUCGAUUUGCGUCAAUAUACUUUCCCACCGCCGCCCUCCGUCUUCCCAGCCCCUCCUCCUCCUUCCCAUCCCUUGGUACCACCGCCGGAGCCAAUCUUUUCAUCACCGCCUCCUCCACCAAAGCCAAUUCUUCCUCCACCGCCACCACCUCCUCAGCCUACUCCUCCAUCGUCCUCCAGCAAGAUCUCAGGUCAGAAGUGGGGUAUGGUGUCUGUGAUUUUGGGAUUGUUGACUGCUCUUUUAUGAUUCUGCAGUAGCUGUUCGGUUUGCGUAGUAGGUAGAUUUUGUAGUGGUGGGUGGGUGAUAAUGUUUUGUUGAAGUUUCUUCCCCCCAUUUCAUCAUGUUGUAGGGAGUUCUGUGUAAGCUUUCAAAGCUCUAGUGAAACCUUUGUCUUUUCAGUUGUAUGGGACUGAUGCAAUUCUACAGCUACUGCUUGUUCUGUGGCUGUUGGUUGAGAAUGUUGGCUCUAUAUGGAUGGGGAUGAUACUUUAUUUUACGUUUCAUCCCAUUUUCCUCCAUGCCUAAAGGUCUAUGUAAGCUUCCAAAAAGCUUUUAUGUUUUCAUCUUUUCAGUUGUAUGGGAUAAUAUGUUUCUUUCCAUGAGAGUGGGCUCAGUUAUCUCAGUAUGUCCAUCUCUAAAAUUGUCUAGUGUUUUCUUUUCA